AUGGAACUGUCUGGCACUGGAUUAGUUCAAAAAUUAAUUUCCAAAGUGUCUAAGCAACUUCAUUCUCCAUCUACCUCAUCAAAUCUCACACCCAAAGAAAUAAGUGCCGCCUCAAAGGUAUCUAAUUCUGCUUUUAUACAUCUUACCACAGACUAUCAAUAUCACAAUUCUAUUAUUAAAAAAAGUCUUCUCUUUUCUUCUAGUAAUAUUUUUGAUAAAGAUAGUAAUAAUCUGACUGAUCAAGAUUAUUGGAAUGACUAUAAUAAUGAUUUUACUAUUGAUACCGAUAUUAUUAAUCGUUUUGGUAACAGAAAAUUCGGUGUGCCAAAAGAUGCUUUGUAUUUUGAGAACUUGGAUUUUUCACUUUACUCCCCUGAAUACAGCAAAUUAAUUCAAAAUCUUACACUUUCUUUAAAUGUUUUUGAAUUGAAUGAAGCAAAAUCCAAUCUAUUAUUUGAUAUUAUAAAAAAAACUAAAGAUUUGCAAAAUAUCAAUUUUAUUGUUUAUAGCCCUAACGUACUUUUCCCAUAUAACUUGAGGGGACCGAAUAAUUUGAGACCAUCUAAAAAUAAAUAUGAAGUUUGGAAUCAAUUUACAAAAUCAUUGAUUCUUGUUAACUCAAGUUCUUUGAAACUGGUUACUAUUAAUUUUAGGGAUUUUUUAAUUGACGUUUCUGAUUAUUUUUGGUUUUUAAAUCAGUUAACUGAAGAUAGAUCAAGAAGCUACUUUACAAAUGGGGCAAGGUUUUUUUUAAAAUUUGAGUCCUUUGGUAAAAGUUCUCUAUUUCUUAAACAAAAAAAGUCAAAGUAUACUAGAAUAUUAAUUAAAAAAGAUAAACUCGGUGUUAAAAAUAAUAACAAACAUAGAAUUGACUCAAAUUUUUUGAGCCAAUUCUCAAAGGUUUCAAGGAGCAUAAAACAAAUAAAUCAAUUCACAAUCAAUGACGAUAUAUUUUUCAAAGAAUUAAAUUCAUUUAUGAAGCUUUCAUUUGAUUAUUCAUUUCCCUUUUCAUUUCCCCAUCAAACAAUUGAAAUACAACCUUUUGCUUCUUUUCUUAAAAUAAAAUCAGUGGUAUUUCAGAGUGGCAAGUUAACAAACCUUGAAAAUUUAAAUAAAACCCAGUUUACCGAAUUGGACUUGCCUGGAUGUCAGAUUGUUGACAUUGAAAUAAUACCAAGUUUCAAAUAUUUAACAUAUUUAAAUUUAUCCGAUAAUAAAAUUGAAGAAAUAUCAUUUUUAUCAAAAAUGAUUGAUUUGAGAACUUUAAACUUGGCUGAUAAUGAGAUUAAAGACAUAUCAUGUCUAUCCAAAUUAAUUGAUUUAAGAAGUUUAAAUUUAAAUCGAAAUAAGAUUGAUGAUGUUUCUUCGUUAGGAAAGCUAAUCUAUUUAACUGAUUUAAAAUUAGAUAACAAUCGUAUUACAGAUAUUGAUUUUGUAAUUAAUUUAAAAGAAUUGAAAAACUUAACAUUUUCCAGAAAUAAUGUUGAAAAAAUCAAUAAUUUGUCAGGAUUGAACAAUUUGAUUUUUUUAAAAGGAAGUUUCAAUCGAAUUAAAAACGUUAAAGACAUAUUGUUUUCUGUUGAAAAUGCAAAAAAUUUUAAAAAAUUAAGAGAAAUUAAAAUUUCUAUAAAUAUAAUUGAAAACUUGCAAAACCUUUAUAUACCAGACAAUGUUGAGUAUUUUGAUUUUUCAUGGAAUGAAAUUAAAGAAUUUUCAAUUAAAAAUGUGGAAAAUCUUUUGAAGCUAAAAUUUAUUCGAUUGAAUUGUAAUUCAUUAAGAGAAUUGAAUAAUUUUGAAAUUCCAAAUAACAUUGAACGGAUUUAUUUAAAUCACAAUAAUUUACAAUAUCUUGUUAUUCCACAUAAUUGCAAUGCCCUUGAAUUACAAUUACUUUAUUUAGACUCUGGCGUGUUGGUAGAUGAAGAUUAG